AAUAAAUUCUAGUUUAGAAGAGCCGUUGAUAGAUAACAAUUCCUCUCUCUCUCUCUCUUCAAGUCUCUAGGCUAUCCCUCCCCCUUAUCGUCUCCCGUUCUCACUUUCUCGCUCUACAUUCAUAGAUUUUCCACACAGAAUACACAGAAGUCUGGAGAGAGAAAACUCCAAGGGAAAAUAGAACCAGGCGGACGGCACUUGUUCUUCAUCUUCUUCAAACCCUGUUUUCCUAGGGCACACAAAAGUACUGCCCCAUCUUCUCUGAUUAAUAAUUUAUCUUCCAUGCGUGAUAUCUCCAUUUCCAGCUCUGUUCAAUUGGCUUUUUGUUCGUCGUUGUGGGAUUCGAAACCCUAGAUCGCGGCGGUGUGUCCUUCGUGCUGUUGAUCGGUGAAUUUUGUGUGUGGUGUUGCGCCUCAUGCUAUAGAGUGGUGGAUUUUGAUGCCGCCGGAGCCAUUGCCUUGGGAUCGGAAGGACUUCUUCAAGGAGAGGAAGCACGAGAGGUCGUCGGACUCCCUAGGGCCUGCGUCGAGAUGGAGGGAGACUUCUCACCACGCAUCGUCGUCGGCGCGGGAUUUCAUCCGCGGUGGAUCUGCCGAGUUCCGCAGCAGAACUCAAGGUCAUGGUAAGCAGGGUGGUUGGCACCUGUUCUCUGAAGAAAUUAAUCAUGGGUUCACUCAAUCUCGGUCGAUGGAGAGAAUUCCGGAUGAUGAGAGCUGCCGGCCAUCUGGGUCACGCGGUGAUGGAAAGUACAGCCGGAACAGCAGAGAGCCUCCAUCCUUUAGCCAGAAGGACUGGAGAGGUCACUCUAGGGAAACCGGUGCGUCACCUAAUGGUCCGGGCAGGCCACACGACUUGAGUGAUCAGAGGUCAGUCAACGAUAUGCUAACAUACAACUCGCAUCCUCAUUCUGACUUUAUAAACACAUGGGAUCAAAUCAAAGACCAGAAUGAUAAGAUCGAUGGUGUCAAUGGCUUGGGCACAGGCCAGAGAUCUGAUAGAGAGAAUUCGCUGGGCUCGAUUGAUUGGAAGCCUCUUAAAUGGACCCGUUCUGGAAGCUUGUCCUCGCGGGGUUCCGGUUUCAGCCAUUCAAGUAGCUCAAAAAGCAUUGGAGUGGAUGUCAGUGAAUCAAAGACUGAGGUACAGCCCAGGAAUGUGACCCCGUUGCAGUCCCCUUCAGGGGAUGCUGUUGCAUGCGUGACAUCUGCUCCUCCGUCCGAAGAGACGAACUCCAGGAAAAAGCCACGCCUUGGAUGGGGUGAGGGGCUGGCAAAGUAUGAGAAGAAGAAAGUUGGAGGCGUUUAUGAUAGUGCAACCAAAAAUGGAACAGCUGUCCUUGGUGGCACAGAAUCCAUUCAUUCUCAUAUCUCAAACUUGGCUGAUAAAAGCCCUGGAAUUACAGGUUUCUCAGACUGUGCAUCCCCUGCUACUCCCUCCUCAGUUGGUUGCAGUUCCUCACCAGGUAUUGAGGAGAAGCCAUUUGUCAAGGUAGCGAGUAACGAUAAUGAUACUAGUAACUUAAUUGAUUCUCCGAGUCUUGUUUCUUGGAGCCAUCUUGAUGGAUUAGCUUUUAAUCUAGAGAAUGUGGAGCUCACUCCAAUUAUUAAUUUGAGCACUUCGCUUAGCGAAUUGCUACAGUCUGAUGAUGUGAACUUGGUAGAUUCUAGUUUUGUGAGAUCCACUGCAAUGAACAAGUUGCUAGUGCUGAAAGGUGACAUUUCAAAGGUACUGGAGACGACUGAAUCUGAAAUUGAUUUGCUUGAAAAUGAAUUGAAAUCUUUGAUUUCUGAUUCUGGAAAUAAUCGUCCUUGUCCGGCAUCAUCAAGUUCUUUGCCUAUAGAAGGUCAAGCAAAACCUUGUGAACAAUUAGUUGCGGCCUCUAUGUCAAUUCCUAGACCUGCUCCCUUGCAGCUUGUUUCUUCUGGAGAUAUGAUUGUGGAGAAGGCAGUUGGUGUAUUGGAAGAAGAAAAUGCUGAAGUUAAAGAUGAGGAUGUUGAUAGUCCAGGCACUGCUACGUCUAAAUUUAUUGAACCUACUUCUUCAGUGAAGGCUGCCUCCAUAUCUAAUAUGGGAAAACGUGGUGAAUGUUCUGGUGUUUUGGAGCAAAGUAGAUUUAAAAGCUUGGAAAUGAAAUACUUAGUGUAUGGUUCCAAUGAGCAAAAGAAGGAAGGUGCAUCUGCUUCUGUGGAUGGUAGUCGUCUUAUACCUAGCAAAAGUUGUGUCCCUCUUUAUACUGACGAGAGUUUAAAUUGCUAUAGGGAGGCUAGCAGAUUAUCUGAUUUAAUAUUGGCUUCCAACAAAGAUUCCUCAAACAGAGCUUCCAAUGUAUUUAAUAAGCUAUUGCCAUCCAAUCAAUGUAUUGAUAUUCCAACAGCUACCAGUAUCUCUUGCUGUCAGAACGACUCAUUGGUUAAGGAAAAGUUUGUCACAAGGAAGCGCUUUUUAAAAUUUAAGGAGAGGGUCAUCACCCUCAAAUUCAGGGCAUUCCAGCAUCUCUGGAAAGAAGAUAUGCGCCUGCUUUCUACGAGGAAAUAUCGUGCAAAACCUCAGAAAAAGUUUGAAGCACGUACAGCACAUAGUGGCCAUCAGAAGAACCGGUCCUCUUUUCGUUCUCGGUUUUCAUCUCCUGCUGGGAAUUUGAGUCUGGUCCCCACCACAGAGAUAGUUAAUUUUACGAACAAGUUACUUUCAGAUUCCCAGGUCAAACUUUUCAGGAAUUCACUGAAGAUGCCAGCUUUGAUCUUGGACAAGAAAGAGAAGAUUUCGAGGUUCAUUUCAAAUAAUGGUUUAGUGGAAGAUCCCUCUGCUGUUGAGAAGGAAAGGGCUAGGAUCAACCCUUGGACACCAGAAGAGAAGGAAGUUUUUAUGGAUAAGCUUUCAACUUUUGGGAAAGAAUUCAAGAAAAUUGCUUCUUUUCUAGAUCACAAGACAACUGCUGAUUGUGUUGAGUUUUACUACAAAAACCACAAGUCAGAUUGUUUUGAGAAGACAAAGAAGAAGCCGGAUUUUGAAAAGAAAGGAAAGUCCUAUCCUACUAAUGGUUACCUGGUCACAUCUGGGAAAAGAUGGAAUCGUGAGAUGAAUGCUGCAUCCCUUGAUAUGUUGGGUGAGGCUUCAGCAGUUGCAGCUAAUGCUGAUGAUGGUAUGGAAAAUCAGCUAAAAGGUACAGCAAGGUGGGCGUUUGGUGAUUACAAAACACCUAGGGGUGAUAAUGGCAUCUUAGAUAGGUCAAGUAGUCUCAGUAUCUUUGGUAAUGAAAGGGAAACUGUGGCUGCUGAUGUGCUGGCUGGUAUCUGCGGUUCCUUGUCAUCAGAAGCAAUGAGCUCUUGCAUCACAAGUUCUUUUGACCCUGGAGAGGGCUAUCAGGAGUGGAAGUGCCAAAAGGUUGGUUCUUUGAUGAGACGACCAUUGACAGCCGAGGUUACACAGAAUAUUGAUGACGAGACUUGCUCGGAUGAUAGUUGCGGGGAGAUGGAUUCUACUGCUUGGACAGACCAGGAGAAGUCUAUCUUUGUACAGGCUGUGUCAUCCUACGGUAAAGAUUUCACAAGGAUCUCACGGUGUGUCAGAACAAGGUCUAGGGAUCAAUGCAAGAUAUUUUUUAGUAAGGCACGGAAAUGCCUUGGAUUGGAUAUGGUUCGUCCUAGGCCUGGCAAUGAAGGUAUGCCUGUGAGCGAAGAUACUAAUGGGGGUGGGAGUGAUGCUGAAGAUGCUUGUGUUGUGGAGACUGGUACAGUUAUCUGCGGUGACAAAUCAGGAUUUAAGUUGGAUGAGGACAUGAAGCCUGACUUGAACAUGAACCAUGAAUCUGAUCCUGUGGCAACCUUGAAUUUUCAGACUGAUAUGAAAAUUUUAGAGGAUUAUGUGAGAGGAGAACUGGAUUGUAAAGGUCCUGUGAAUGCAGUUGUUGAUGACUGUCAGUUAGAGGGUAAGCUGCAGCUAGAUUUUGAUGGAGACAGCAAUGUAGAGACUGGUGCUGAUGGCAAGCAUGUUUCAGUGCAGGCCCAUGGAAUCACAAUUUCAUCCUCUGAUAAGGAUGCUGGACAGGAGGGCAAUCGUUUGAAUCCAUCAGUAUCUGUUGAAGAGGGAAAUGAUCACUGCCUGUCCAUAUGUGCCGAAAUUAAGAGUGAAGCUCUUGUGGAGGUGGUAUCUGCCGUGCCUCUUGGAACAGAAACAGAAGGAAAGCAAGUAAUGCCAAUGCAAGGUGAUAACAGUGAUGCCAAUGCAAGAGGUGUAAAUGCCUUAGAUUGCACCUUUCAAGAUUCAGGUACAAGUGAGAACACUUCUUCUCAUCUUGCUGCGAAUAUUAAUUCUUCUUCGGGAUUUGCUGUUAGUCCCAAACACAAGCCGGAGAUUGCCCUGGAGUUGGAUUCCAUACAUAGUGCUCAUGUCAUCUCAUUGCAGCCGGAUAGUUGUCUUGUGACUCUGAAUUCUACACCCCAAGAUUCUGCUGUAAGUCGAUAUGAGAUUACUCUUAACCACCAAGAUCCAUUAACAACUGUUGAUCCUCAAAAGAUCAAAGAUGAGCAGUGUCAAAUAUCUACUAGUGCGAAUGAUUAUUCCCAUCCCCAGCAUCUGUCUGAAGAUUCUUUUUCAGAGCCUGUUGAAUCGUCCCAGAUUGUCAGGGAUUAUCCGUUGCAGGUGUCAGUGAAAAAAGAGAUGAAUGGGGAUAUUAGUUCCAAAAAACCAGCUUCAUUUCAAAGCCUUCCAAAGAAUUUCCACUCUGAUCAGUAUUUAUCACAGGAUUACUAUCUUCGGAAGUGUAACAAUUCAAAAGCUCACAGUUUGGUGGCUGAGCUUCCAUCUCAAGAACAAAAAAGGGAUCAGUCAAGGCCCAUCUCACAGAGUUUAUCAGAUGUGGAGAAACCUUGCAGGAAUGGUGACGUGAAACUUUUUGGUCAGAUUCUAACUCAUCCCUCAUCUCAGCUGAAGCCGAAUCCUAGUACCCAUGAGAAUGAAGACAAGGGGAAUCAACAUCCUAAGUUAAGCAGCAAGUCUUCUAACCCAAAAUUUUCUGGUACUCAUAGCUUAGAUGCAAACUUUGUUCCAACAAGAUUUGAUCGUAAUAAUUAUUUGGGCCUUGAGAAUCUUCCCAUGAGGAGUUACGGUUUUUGGGAUGGGAAUAGAAUACAAACAGGAUUUUCUUCGUUGCCUGACUCCGCUAUCCUGCUGGCAAAAUAUCCUGCUGCAUUUGGUAAUUACCCAACAACCUCAGCAAAAAUGGAGCAGCCAUUGCAUUCUGUUGUAAAGAGUACUGAAUGCAAUGUGAAUGGUGUCUCAGUUUUUCCAAGAAGGGAGAUCGGUAGCAAUGGAGUGACGGAUUAUCAAACGUACAGGAACCGAGAUGGUACCAAAGGGCAGCCAUUCACAGUGGAUAUGAAGCAGCGGCAGGACUUGUUAUUCUCCGAGAUGCAAAGACGAAAUGGUUUUGAUGCAGUUUCAAGUAUACAACAGCAAGCGAGGGGGAUGGUUGGAAUCAAUGUUGUAGGUAGAGGAGGGAUUCUUGUUGGAGGAGCAUGCACCGGUGUUUCGGAUCCUGUGGCAGCCAUCAAAAUGCACUAUGCUAAAGCUGAACAGUACAGUGGGCAAGCGGGGGGCAUCAUCAGUGAGGAGGAUUCUUGGAGGGGUAAGGGGGACAUAGGCAGGUAGCAGAAUGUUUAGAAUGGGCCUCUUUUAGCAGCGGCCUUUUAGCGGCAAAUGUAUUCCUUUGCCGUGUUGUAUAAUAGUUUUUGCAACUCCAAUGCAGCAAGCAAGCAAUGAUAGGAAAUUAAAUCCGUCUUUUUGGGCAAAAGAAUGGUAGGUGUCUGUAAUAUUGCCAUAGCUUUGUAUUUGUUGUAUUUGAUGGAAGUACAGAAAUAAUCUUUCAAAGUUUGGGAGAUGGGAAAA